CAGUUUUAAAUAAGAAGUUAUUGUAAGCAAGUGAUCGUGUUGCAAAAAUGUCUAAAAUAAUUCUUACGUUUUUAACUAUAACUUCCAUAAUUUAUAUUGGACUUGCUAAAAAGAACAACGACGAUUGUCCACGCAUUAAACUAAAACGUCAAUGGGGUGGUCAAUUAAGUAAAAUUAUAGAUUACCGUCCUAUACCCAUUAAAUAUGUGAUCAUACAUCAUACUGUUACACCGGAGUGUAGAACAUUUUUAAAAUGUUCGGAUAUUUUGCAAAAUAUGCAAUAUUAUCAUAUCAAUGAUUUGGAAUAUAAUGAUAUUGGUUACAAUUUCCUAAUUGGCAAUGAUGGUGUGGUAUAUGAGGGUACAGGUUGGCGUGUGGCGGGUGCUCAUACCUAUGGUUAUAAUACCAAUGGCACGGGCAUAGCUUUUAUAGGCAAUUAUAGUGCCAAAUUACCCACCGAAAUGGCUUUGAAUGCUGCCAAAAAACUUUUGGAGUGUGGCGUUAAGAAUGGUGAAUUGGAUCCAAAUUAUGAAUUGUUUGCUGCUUCACAGGUUUCUUCCACCAAAAGUCCCGGUUUGAUUUUAUACAAUGAAAUUCAAGAUUGGGAUCAUUGGUCUCCUCAUGCUGAAUAAUUUAAUCGUUUACUAAGUUUUAUUACUCAGUCAAUUUAAGAUAAUUUAAGUUUAAAUAAAAUAUUAUUAGAAUUUAAAAAAA